GAAGAGCAGUUAAAUUGAUGUCUUUCCUCACAUACGAAGCUGGAUCUCCAUUUAACCUUCUUCUACAAAAAUCCAGCCACUCUCCUAUCCAGAAAGUUUUGAAUUUCUUGGAUAAGGCAACUGUCAGAUGCCAGGUAACCCUCAUCAAAGCAUCUAAGGUGAAAGCCAGUCAUCAGGAGAGAAGAACACUAUGGCCUCCGUUACAGAGUUGAAACCCACAGCAGAUAACAGUAAAUUCUCCCAAGAUAAACAAACAGAGAAGAAGCUCAGAAAAGUGCCAAUCUUAUGUUCCACUCGCUAUGGAAUGGCAUUCAUCAUACAUCUCUGCAAUUUCAUAUGGAGGGCACAAGGUGUUAUCAUGAACAUCACCAUGGUAACCAUGGUCAACAAUACAGGCCAUCGGCCCCACUUUAAUGGUUCUGCUAAAAGACUUCCUGUUGACUCAUUGGAUGGCCUAAAUAAUACCCUAAAGUCUCUUCCUAUGAGGGUAUCUGUGUAUGACUGGAGCCCUCAAAUCCAGGGUAUCCUCUUUGCUUCUAUCAACUAUGGCAUGAUUCUGACAUUGGCUCCCAGUGGAUACCUGGCUGGAAGAAUAGGAACAAAGAAAGUGGUUGCAUUUUCUCUGUUUGGAUCCUCACUUCUCACUCUCUUCACCCCUCUAGCAGCUGACCUUGGACUAGUUUUCCUCAUUACAACACGAGUAGUCCAGGGCAUAAGCCAGGGGUCAGCAGUUGGGGGUCAGUUUGCACUUUGGGAGAAAUGGGGGCCUCCACAUGAGCGGAGUCGACUUUGCACCAUUGCUUUAUCAGGAAUGCCGCUGGGAACCUCCAUUGCCAUCCUUUUGGGUGGUGUCAUCAGUCAAGCCCUUGGGUGGCCUUUUGUCUUCUACAUCUUUGGAGGCGUUGGCUGUGUGUGCUGCAUUCUUUGGCUUGUUUUUGUUUAUGAUGAGCCUGAAUCUCACCCAUGGAUAAGCACCAUAGAAAAAGAAUAUAUCAUAUCCUCGGUGACCCAACAGGUCAGCUCUUCUAAACCGUCUCUUCCUGUCAAAGCCAUACUCAGAUCGCUACCUUUUUGGUCCAUGUGCCUGUGUGGGUUCUGCCAUCAGUGGUUCACUAACACAAUUACUGCAUACACUCCAACUUAUAUCAGCUCUAUAUUCAAUGUUAACAUCAGAGAUAAUGGGUUCCUGUCUGCCCUUCCUUUUUUUGCUGCCUGGAUCAUUGGUGUCCUGGGAGGCCAACUGGCAGAUUUCCUUCUGACCAAGAAUUUUAGGCUUGUUACAGUGAGGAAACUUGUCACAGUUCUAGGAAUCCUCCCUCCUUCAGCAUUUCUUGUAAGCAUGCCCUACAUCACCUCCAACUAUAUCACGACAAUGACCCUUCUGACAAUCGCUGGUGGACUAUGUCCUUUUUGUCAGGCAGGGAUUUAUAUCAAUGCCUUAGAUAUCGCUCCAAGAUAUUCCAGUUUUCUCACGGGAGCCUCAAGGGGAUUUGCACAAGUAGCAGCUAUCCUGUCACCCACUGUCUGUGGAUUUCUCCUCAGUCAGGACCCUGUAUAUGGAUGGAGGAAUGUCUUUUUGUUGGCAUUUGCCAUUAACAUAUCAGGACUACUCUUCUACCUCAUAUUUGGAAAAGCAGAUGUCCAAGAUUGGGCUAAAGAGAGGCAACUCACUCGCUUAUGAAGUUAUUCCAUCUUGGAUGCAAAGGCCUUUAGGCGCCUUAUUUCAUAAAUGGAAUGGCUUCGGUGACAAUCUGGUCUCCAUCUUACUCAGAUUUCUCUUUGAGGAAAAUAGGAGAUGAACAAAACCCCAAAUAAAAUGGUGUUCAAGAACAAAGUUGCUGUCUUCAGAGAAUUAGAAUAGAUUUAGAGUUAUGGCUGAA